AUGCACCUCUGUGGGGCUGAUGGGCCGCUGAUCAGGAUGGACCCUGAGGAACAUCAGAGGCAGCUGAAGAAGAAACAGAAUAACCGUGAGGCGGCCCAGAGGAGCCGGCAGAAGCACACAAACAAGGCGGAUGCCCUGCACCAGCAGCAUGAGUCACUGGAGAAACACAACCACACCCUGCGGAAGGAGAUCCAGGCCCUUCAGGCUGAGCUGGCGUGGUGGAGUCGGACCCUGCACAUGCAUGAGCGCCUGUGCCCCGUGGACUGCGCCUCCUGCUUGGCUCCAGUGCCCCCUGACCUCUGGGGCCAGGCUGAGUUGCCCCCAGGCCCCGUGUGCCCUGGACAACUUGGCUGCCAGGAACAGCCAGGCCCGUUCCGGACCCCGGUCUCCUCUCCGAUGGCUCUGCAGCUCUCUCCAGAUCCACAGCCUCAUGGUUCCCUUGGCCUCCUCUUGUCCCCUCUGCCCUCACUGUCCCUUGGUCCCGCCCCUGUCACUGCAUCCUCUGCCCAGCCGUCCCCUAGCCCUGUCCAAUCUGCCUCGCCCACUGGCUCCGGCCUGCUGAGGUCUUCCUCCAAGCUCAGCACCCUCCUGCCCAGCCCCCCAGCCCAACCUCCCCCUCUACAGUCCCUCGGGCUGGAGCACCCCACCAGGGGGAAGCUGGCGUCCUCAACCCACAGCCCCUCAGCUCCUCUGGGGCUGGGCUUUCUGCAGGGCAGGGAGCAUAAAGCCUGCUUCCCCGGAAACAGAUCGGCAAGGGCCCCACCCCCUCUGGCCAUCCCCCUGCUCUCCUCUGCUCAAGUCCACUUCUAA